AUGCCGAAUGGUCACAUCUGGCUCUACGAGUCAUCACGCGGUUGUGCGAACCACUUCAUGUCGGGAGCAUCAUAUCUUGUUACUUUCUUCAAUCGAAUUCAGCGUCUGCAAGAAGUUGGAAUUCGACCUGUUGUUGUUUUCGACAUGAUUACUCCUGAAUUUCAUAGUUGUUCAAAUAGUGGUAAUUUACAUAUAAAGAAGUCCAAACGUAGUGGCGGUAACGGGUGGAAUCUUGAUGCGCAUAACGAGUUGAAGAAACGGGUCUACAAUGCGGAGAAUUUCCUUCUUCAAUUCCAGCAACUUCUUAAUAAUAUGGGUGUACCUGUUGUUAUGGGUAGUUCUGAUGGAGAGGCGCAGUGUGCUCAGUUAGAGCAAGCAGGCCUCGUCGACGGAUGUAUCACUUCAGACUUUGAUUUCUUUUUGUAUGGCGGAAGGAACUUAUACAAGGUGGAUUUCAAAAAUGGUGGAAAGGACAUUGAAGGCUACGUCAAUCUCUUCUCCAUGGACAAAUUNGAAAGCACCCAGUGUUUAACACGAAACCGCCUGGUUGCGUUGGCGUUGUUACUCGGUUGUGACUACUUACAAGGAGGAGUCAGUCGAGUGGGAAUUGUUACCGCUAGAGAAAUUAUUUCGGAAUUCUCAAUCAACGAUGACGAUCAUGCACUUACUAUUUUGGAUCGGUUUGGAAGUUAUUUCCGUGGUGAGAUUCCAAUACGCCCAAGUGACACUAAUAUCAAGAAGAAGCUCAGGAAGUCUCGGAUCGUUUUGCCUGAGGGUUUCCCCAAUUCUGACAUAUAUAUUGAGGCAACGUCGAUAUACCUCUGUCCUGAAGUGAAAGACAAGAAAGAAUUGCCUGCAGCUCCGCAAAGAAACAUGGCUAAGGUUGAGGGCAUCUUGAUGCGGGAAUGUGGAUGGACUUCAAAACGGUUUUCGCAGGAAGUUGGGCGCAGCAGGCGUCGAAGUCAAAAGAUUCAAAGCAUGCAGUCGCACAAACUGACAGAAUUUUUCCCGUCGGUUCGUCGAUCUAUCUCCAAUUACGCUGUAAAUUGUGACAUGUUUGCGCAGAAACAUAGUCGACGAGAAUGGGCAGCGCUGCAGCGGUUGCGAGCCAAUGCCAGCCUUUACGACAAAACGGAAGUUACUACCGACGAUACUAAUGUGUGCGUCAAACCCAACGGCGUUCGACGACGACCUCCAAAAAGACUGCAUCCCGUGAAAGAGCGGCUUCGAAAUUCCUUGAAGCCCUUGCCGCAAAUACUAAAUAGGAAUUAG